GCCACACGUAGCAGCAUGCAGCGGUCUCCAGUCCAUUCCCCUCUUUAUAUACACCCCAAUUAUCCCCCUCAUUUCCCUCCACCGCCACCGCCACCGCACAAAAUGACUCUCCACCAUCUUCUCUUUCCCUUUCUAAUACUCACAUCCUCCGCCGCUUCCUCACUAUCCGCCACCGUAAAGGACCAAACUUUAAACACUCAAGAUGCUAACCUUUUCAACCCCAAGCUUCCACCAAGAACUCUCUCCUCUUCCAAAAAGUUUGAAGGCUCAUCGGAAAUUGUCGAUAUCCGGUACCACAUGGGUCCGGUCCUUUCCUCGUCGCCGAUCAACAUUUAUCUUAUUUGGUACGGUAAAUGGUCUGUUUCUCAAAAAUUCAUCAUCAAAGACUUCAUUAACUCCAUUUCCCCUUCCGCCGCGCCGCCGUCGCCUUCCGUUUCCGACUGGUGGAAAACUGUCUCCCUAUACACCGACCAGACCGGAGCCAAUGUUUCCCGAGCCGUUGUCAUUGCUAAAGAACACUCCGACUCGGCCUACUCCCACGGUUCUCACCUCACGCGCCUCUCCGUCCAACAGGUUAUUUCCACCGCCGUUGGAGCCGCUCCUUUCCCCGUCGACCACCGUAACGGAAUCUACCUAAUCCUCACGUCCCACGACGUCACCGUUCAGGACUUUUGCCGUGCCGUUUGCGGCUUCCAUUACUUCACGUUCCCGUCCAUGGUGGGUCACACUCUGCCCUAUGCAUGGAUCGGGAACUCGGGGAAACAAUGCCCGGAGGUAUGCGCUUACCCUUUCGCCGUCCCCGGAUACAUGGGCGGCGGAGGUCCGGGAGCGUUAGUCCCGCCCAACGGAGACGUCGGCUUGGACGGAAUGAUCAGUGUGAUCGCGCACGAGUUAGCCGAACUAACUACCAAUCCACUCGUGAACGCGUGGUACGCCGGUGAGGACCCGACCGCACCGACCGAGAUAGGAGAUCUAUGUGAAGGAUUGUACGGAACUGGCGGUGGCGGAGGGUAUAUCGGUCAAGUUAUGAGGGAUCGGAGAGGGAAGACGUACAAUAUGAAUGGCAAUAAAGGAAGAAAAUUCAUGGUGCAAUGGGUGUGGAGUCCUGUGUUGAAAGCUUGUGCUGGUCCAAAUGCUUUGGAUUGAAUUUCAUUUCAUUUUUCUUCUUCUUGGUUUUGUUUUUGGAUUGAAAUCAUCUGAUUCUUUUCCAUGGAAUAUUGAUUCUGCUUUUCAUGUUAAUAAUUAUGAGUUUAGGGUUUCAGAU